AUGGCGUCUCCGGCGAAGUUUCAUUGCUCCAGACCGACAUUUCACCUCCAGAUCAAUCUCCGGCGAAGUUCUCCCGACAGACUAUCGUUUCCCCUUUUUUCCAGAGACCUACCGAAGUCACCACGCGUCAGAUUUCCGGUCGUCAGAGCUUCAUCGCCGCCGUCGAAUCCCAAGCCUUCACUGCUCAAAACCACCUGCAUCACCCUCACCGCAGCCGCAGCUCUGUUCUCAGCAUCCUUUUACUUCGCCUCCAAACCUCCGGCCAUCUCUCCGGAAGAGGCGACGCUCGAGAAACACCUGGAGACAGAAUCAAACGAUGUGGAAGCUUUGUUAUCGCUGACGAAAAUCAAAUUCGAAUCCAAAAAGUAUGACCAGGCGAUAGCGAUUCUCAACCGUAUGAUCGAAAUCGAUCCGGACGAACAGGACUGGCCGGUUAUGAAGGCUCGGAUUCUGUCAUGCAACGGCGAGAGCGAAUCGGCGAUCACAGCUUUCGAGGAGAUUCUCGCAAAGGACCCGAACCGCGUCGAAGCAUAUCAUUACUUGGUGAUGGAGUGUUACGACUCUAUACCGAAAUUAACCGAGCUAGAGAAGAAGAUCAGCGAUGCGAUUGGAAGAUGCAAGAAGAAGACCAAGGAGAUUCGCGAUUUCAGGUUGUUAAUCGCACAGAUUAAAGUUAUUGAAGGGAACUCGGUCGAAGCAAUUAGGAUUUGUGAGGAGUUGGUGAAGGAUGAUCCGAAAGAUUUCAGGAUGUAUCUGUUUCAAGGGUUGAUGUAUACGUUGAUGAAGAAUGAAGACGAAGCUGCUAAGCAGUACGAGCAAGGUGCGAUGUUUCUCCCGGAGGAUCAUCCGUUCAGAGAUUUUGAGAACAAUUCGGAAUCGGAGUGGCGAGUGAUUGUAGCUUACGAUAGUGUCUUCUGCUAUUUAUGUACAUUCACUAAGCUUUUGGUAGCUUCCUCAUUUGGGAAGUUAUUUUAA